ACACUGUUAUCUUUCUUUUUCUUUUCGACGAGACGAGGUGUCACGUUUGUGAAACGUUCUCGUAGAGUUCGUCAAUUAAAAUCCAAAGUAAUCUCUUUGGAUCGUGUAAAUUAUUGUGAAUUCACAUUACCUUAAUUUAAAACAAUGCCGCCUAAAUUCGAUCCUAACGAAAUUAAAAUCGUUAACUUGAGAUGUGUGGGUGGAGAAGUUGGUGCUACAUCAUCUUUAGCUCCUAAAAUUGGUCCCCUAGGUCUGUCUCCCAAAAAAGUGGGUGAUGACAUCGCUAAGGCCACCAGCGACUGGAAGGGACUGAAGAUCACCGUGCAGCUGAUUGUGCAGAACAGACAGGCACAGAUCUCUGUUGUACCAUCUGCAGCUGCCCUUAUCAUUAGAGCUCUGAAGGAGCCUCCGCGUGAUCGCAAGAAGCAAAAGAACAUCAAGCACAGUGGUAACAUCACAAUGGAGGAUGUAAUCGGCAUUGCCAAGAUCAUGAGGCCUCGCUCCAUGGCAAGGUAUCUAUCUGGGACAGUGAAAGAGAUCCUCGGCACUGCUCAGUCCGUCGGCUGCACGGUUGACGGCAGGCCACCACAUGACAUUAUUGCUGACAUAAACACUGGUGCAGUUACUGUUGAUGAAUAAACUUUCUAGGGCUUCAUAA